UGUAAAUUACGUGACCUUCUUUAAGCGCUCGAAGAUUCGCAUUUCCACCGGCUGGAGAGGAAAGAGCGAGGCGCUGUGUCUAAGUGGGUUAACCCGAAAGGCUAAUUUCUUUAAAAGAAAGCAUGGGUGACGUCGCAAAGGGAAAGAAGGUGUUCGUCCAGAAGUGUGCGCAGUGUCACACGGUGGAGGAGGGCGGAAAGCACAAGGUUGGGCCAAACCUGUGGGGCCUGUUUGGACGCAAGACAGGCCAGGCCGACGGCUAUUCAUACACUGACGCCAACAAGAGCAAAGGUAUCGUCUGGGGUGAUGAUACACUCAUGGAGUACUUGGAAAACCCUAAAAAAUACAUUCCUGGAACAAAGAUGAUCUUCGCUGGUAUCAAGAAGAAGGGCGAACGCGCUGAUCUAAUUGCCUAUUUGAAGUCGGCAACAUCAUAGGCAAUGCUAAUGUUAACUAAUUUAACUUAUCUGUAAAGUCUGCUUAUGUGACGUGUGUAUUGUACAAUUAAUAUUUUAAAGGAAAAUAGAACAAAAAAGGUUUUAAUCGUUUUAAGAAAGUCAGGAUUACGUUUUUUAAGGGCAUGUUACGCCUUACCUCUGUCCAGACGAAGAACAUUAAAUAAUGAAUCACAUCUCACACGUUACAGUACAUACUUGUGUGACACCACUAGUACGUUUAGCGAUAAAUAAAAAGUUAUAAAAAUUGUGAUUGCAGGUGCUGGGUUGUCUUGCACUUUGAAGGAGGAAAUGUAUCCCCUGGUUUCACAGGUGUUAUAGAAAGGAAAUUGUUCCUGUAGACACUGAUUGCUUGAGACUGAAAGCGCAGUGGUGGUUAUGUACCUGAAUGAAUUUCUUAUUAAAUUGACUGAAACUGA